AUGUACAUAUUUAACAAAAAAGCAAAUCGAUGUGCUUUAUGCUAUGCGCUCUUAUCGACGAAUCCACGUAAUACUGGUUACUCAUCCUUAACUAGACGAUGUGCAAGUCGUUGUCCUGUAGCAUCUCUCGAACGGCUGAUCUCCUCUUCCCACAAAUUCGAACAAUUAUGGCAUGAGAAUGAACAUGGGCUUAUUAACAGCCGUUCGAUAUGUUUUCGUUGUUGUGAAACGAUUCGGCAACUUGAACAGGUUCGAACUGAUAUGGAACAACUCGAUCAUGACAAACAAGUUUUACUUAAAAAAAUUGAACAUAGUCUUUCAAAACGAGCACUGAUUGUACAAGGUCAACGACAACGAAUGAAUGGUCACAACAAUAAUCAUCAAGAUAUGCCAUUAUAUGAAGAUGAUGAUACAGAAGAAGGCGAAGAAAAACCUCGAACAGUAAUCAAAACAAAUGGAUAUGGCCACUCAUCACCUUUCAUGCCCGUACCAGCGCCACCGCCAACGACAUUGGUUGGUGCGAAACGUCGCAAAUGUAAUGUAGCACACAAAAUUAAUCUUGAAGAUAAAAAUGUGGAAGCAUCUUCUGCCUUGCUUAAUCAUUCUCGACGAUCGAGUUCGCCAAUUAACAACCAUCCAAUCACGAAAUUCUCGCCUAGUCUCAUAUUCGGUUCACAUUCACCUAAGCAUCAGCGAUCGAAUCUAUUCCCAUCUGCUCUCAAUGGCCAUGAUCUUUCAUUUGGCUCUUCAGCAUCGACAACAAUACCGCCCUAUCUGGAUCCAGCCACUGGUGCAUUGAUCGCCAUUGUUUCAAAUCCACAUCACGCCGCGUUACUUGCUCAACAACAUCAGCAAAUAUUGAAAUCUUCAUCAAUAUCACCAUCAUCGACGAAUACUAUGGAUGAGCAUGAAGUCGCUCCAGCAAAACUGACUCCGCAGCCGAAGAAGUUUCCGUGUCUCCUCUGCGGCCGUGAUUUUUCAAACAAGUCAAAUCUCAAUCGUCAUCACAGCAUCGUUCACGUUGCCAUCCGAAAUUUCGAAUGUGCACGUUGUCCGAAAAAGUUCAAAUUACGACAAGGUUUGAAGACUCAUAUGCAACGAUGUCAUGGAGUCAGCACAGAUGAGCCCACAUUUGUUUUACAAAAACAUCAUUUACAUAAUUAUCAUCGUCAUCAUCAUGCUUCGUCCUCAUCAUCAUUUCUUGCUCAAACGAAUAAAUAA